UAAUAUUUUAAGUUAUGAGUGUUUCAGUUUCAAUCAAUUCCUGUAUUAAAUGGAUAAUAACAUCUCUAAUCUCUCUUAUAUAUAUAUACCCAACUCAUAUACACAAUAACUCAAACCAAAAAUUAGAAACUAAUGGAUAGAAGGGUGAAAGUCGAAAUUAUCACAAGAGAAACUAUCAAACCUUCUUCACCAACUCCUCGAAACCUUAGAUAUAAGAACCUCUCCCUUCUUGACCAAUUAAGUUUUGCUAUGUCCACGCCAAUGCUUCUUUUCUACCCUUUUAGAUGUGACAAAAAUAACAAUAUUGUACAUGUCAUUAAAGAACAAUCUCAAAACCUAAAAACAUCCUUGUCAAAAACUCUUACCCUUUUCUACCCUUUGGCUGGGGAGCUCAAAAAUAAUUCUUUCAUAGAAUGUAAUGACUAUGGUGUUGAGUACAUUGAAGCUCAGGUUGAUUGCUCUAUGAUGGAAUUAUUUCAAAACCCAGAAAAUUAUUUGCUUGAAAAUUUGUUUCCUAUUGAUCUCAACCCUGUAGACAAAUUCACUGGUGCUAUAAUUCAUGUCAACUUCUUUAACUGCGGUGGAUUGGCAAUCGGAGUUAGUCUUUCACAUAAAAUUGCAGAUGCUGCCUCUUUAGGCACAUUCCUUUUGGCCUGGGCUUCCAUGGCUUCUCUUUCUAUGGAAAUCCUACCUGAGACAAAAUGUCCGCAUUUUGUCUCCAACACUGUAAUUCCAUCGGCGGAAAAUUCUUUAAUCCUUCCAUCACCACCACCGUCACUAACUCAGACAAAAUGUAUAACCAAGAGGUUUACACUUAGUUCUUGCAAAAUCGACAUGCUUAAAGCUAAAGCUGCAACUUCAACCCUUCAAACGCCCACUCGUGUCGAAGUUGUAACAGCAUUGAUAUGGAAAUGUUUAAUAAGCGCGUCGCAGGCAAAAUCAAAAGGAAAGCACAAGAAAUCUGUUUUGGCUCAAGCAGUGAAUUUACGUAGAAGAUUGGUGCCACAUUUGCCUCAAAACUACAUUGGAAAUCUUUCAGGAAAAUUUCUCGUCAUGGCAGAGAAAGAAAGAGCUGAGUUAAAAGAUUUGGUUGCUCACUUAAGAGAAGGGAUAGAGAAGGUGAGUGAUAAUGUCUGGAAACGAGUUGAUGAAAUUUUGGAUUUUGCUAAGGAGUUUGCAGAGUUGCAUAGCAGAGAAGAUUUAGAUUUGUAUAGCUUUACAAGUCUGUGUGGAUUUCCAUUUUAUGAUGUUGAUUUUGGAUGGGGAAAGCCAAUAUGGACAGUUGUUACAAAUUUAGUGCUGAAGAAUUAUGUGGUGAUGCUUGAUAUGAAGGAUAGAAAAGGUGUUGAGGUAUGGAUGUCCUUGAGUGAAGAAGACAUGCCUUUGUUUGAGGCAAAUGGAGAGCUACUUGAAUUUGCUUCUGUAAAUCCUAGUCUUGGAUUUGAUGAUAUGGAGGUUCCACCGUUAGAAUCUUGUUUGUAAUUGUAACGAACAUGCAUGUUCUUUUAACACAAAUAAGCAAAUAACAAUAAAAGGCCUAUGGAAAAAACUACGAGAGUGACAUUCUACAGGAUUGAACAAAUAGAAAGGCCACUUGCAAUGGAAAAUUGCAGCCUGUCAUUUCCUCCAGCAGUCUGAAAAACAUUUUUCUUAAAAAGGUGCAUUCAAUUUUUCUAUUCUAUAUAUUAUCGUUGCCAAGAA